AAUAUGAAUCAGGUUUAGAUAAUGACUAUAUCUUUUUUUUGCUAGUGGUAAAAGAAAUCUAUUGUUUUUUAUCAAUAGGGGUGAUAGUAAGUAUUUCAUCUAAUAAUAAAGAACUUGAAGUCAAAGAUGAUGAUUUUGAACUAGCUGAAUUCGAAGUUGAUAAUUUUGAACUGGCUGAAUUCGAAGUUGAUGAUUCUGAACUAGAUAAGUUGGGUAAACUAGGUAGUAAAAAGAAAGUGAUAUUUGAAUAA